GAACUGGAAUUAGAAUGACCGAAAAUUUAAAAAUAUUCCAUGAAUAGAAGCAGGAAGGGUGAAGGAGAUGUUAAGACGUGUAAAUGGUGGAGUCACACUUUCAAAUUUGGUUAGAAAAUCUCCACACGAACCUUCCAGAUCUUCGUUUCUCAAACUUCCACGCUUCUUCUGGAACACUCUAUCGUCGCGUCUCAUUUCACAAAAUUCACAUGCUUCCACCAACUACAUAGCGUGCAAAGUUGGAGGAUUUAAUCAAGGAAUAAUGACGAUCAAUAUGCUCAACAAGAUUACUGUUGAAGAUGCUUGUUUGUUGGUCAAUGGCAAGGUUAUAUUGACCGGAGUUCCUCAAAAUGUCGUCGUUUCUCCUGGGUCGUUUGGGUCUGCUUUUGUUGGUGCUUCCUCUACUGCUCCUAGCUACCGCCAUGUCUUCUCUCUCGGGGUUUUACAGGAAUACAAUUUUUUAUCACUUUUUAGAUUUAAGAUAUGGUGGAUGAUACCUAGAGUUGGAAAUUCUGGUAGAGAAGUACCACUAGAAACACAAAUGCUGUUGUUGGAAGCUAAAGAAGGAUCUACAGAGGCUAACCCAACUGCAGAUCACAUCUCCUACAUUUUGGUAUUGCCUGUUUUGGAGGGAGCAUUUCGAGCAAGCUUGCAAGGAAGUCCAGAAAAUGAGCUCCAAUUUUGUGUUGAAAGUGGAGAUCCUAAUAUUCAGACUACCCAUGUGUCAGAAUCAGUGUUCAUAAAUUCAGGGGACAAUCCAUAUGAGCUUUUGAAGGAUUCGAUCAAGAUACUGGCUGAACACAAAGGGACAUUCAGUCAUAUAGAAAAUAAGAAGAUGCCUGCACAUUUAGACUGGUUUGGAUGGUGCACUUGGGAUGCUUUCUAUCAAGAUGUCACUCCAGAUGGAAUCAGAGAAGGUCUUGAAAGUUUCUCGCAGGGUGGUUGUGCACCUAGAUUCUUAAUUAUUGAUGAUGGGUGGCAGGACACUUUUAAUGAAUUUCGGAAGGAAGAUGAAGAGCACACUGAAGGAACACAAUUUGCUACAAGGUUAAGGAGCAUCAAAGAAAACAUCAAAUUCCAAAGGCUUUCUUCAGAUGACUAUGCCACCCUACCUGAGUUCAUCAAAUUUAUCAAGGACAGAUAUGGAUUAAAAUAUGUUUACAUGUGGCAUGCUAUUGUGGGAUACUGGGGAGGGCUCCUUCCGUCAUCUGAAUCACUAAUGAAGUACAAUCCUAAGAUUGUAUACCCAGUUCAAUCUCCUGGCAAUAUUGGAAAUCUUAGAGAUGUUGCUAUGGAUAGCAUUGAGAGAUAUGGGAUUGGAGCUAUUGAUCCAGAGAAAAUUAAUGAUUUCUAUAACGACUAUCACAGCUAUCUUGCCAGCAUUGAUGUGGAUGGUGUCAAAGUGGAUGUUCAGAAUGUUCUCGAAACAAUUGGUUCUAGCUUUGGUGGUCGGGUCCAUUUGACUGCCCUGUACCAGAAAGGGCUUGAGGAAUCUGUUGCAAGGAAUUUUAAAAACAAUAAUCUCAUUUGUUGCAUGAGUCACAAUUCAGACUCCAUAUUCAGUUCAAUGAAAAGUGCCGUUGCUAGAGCAUCAGAGGAUUUUAUGCCUCAAGAACCAACACUUCAGACAAUGCAUAUUGCCUCUGUGUCCUUUAAUAGUCUCCUCCUCGGGGAGAUCGUGGUUCCUGAUUGGGACAUGUUCCAUAGCAAACAUUAUGCUGCAGAUUUCCAUGCUGCUUCCCGGGCAGUGGGUGGCUGUGCAAUAUAUGUAAGUGAUAAACCAGGAAAUCAUGAUUUCACAAUUCUUAGGAAGCUUGUAUUACCUGAUGGUUCAAUCCUAAGAGCCAGAUAUGCAGGUCGGCCUACUCGAGAUUGUUUAUUUAAAGAUCCUGUUAUGGAUGGCAAAAGUUUGAUGAAAGUAUGGAACUUGAACAAGUUAUCUGGCGUUCUUGGAGUGUUUAACUGCCAAGGAGCCGGAACUUGGCCAUUGAAAGAUAAUUCUCUUGAGACUCCUUCACCUGAAGUUCUUUGUGGCCAAGUAAGUCCCAAUGAUGUUGAAUUCCUCGAAGAAAUUGCUGGUGACAAUUGGCAUGCAGAAUACGCUUUAUACGCUUUCAAUGCUGGAACUCUAACCAAAGUCUCAAAACAAGAAAAAGUCGAUGUCUCCUUGGGAGUUCUUACGUGUGAAUUGUAUACAAUUUGUCCAAUCAGGGUUUUCAACGACUCGGUACAUUUUGCUCCUAUUGGAUUGCUCGACCUGUACAACUCUGGUGGAGCUGUAGAAGCAUUGAGCUUCAAAACAGGUCCAGACGGAUGCAUCCUGAAAGUCGAAGUGCGGGGUGUGGGCCGAUUCGGAGUUUAUUCGAGUACAAGACCAAGGUUUUGUACAGUUGACAUGAAGAAAGAAGAGUUCACAUACAGUCCUGAAGAUGGAUUGUUGACGGUGAAGCUUGAAGGAGGAUGCCAAAUUAAAAAUAUUGAAUUUUUAUAUUGAAAAUUCAAAUCACGUCCUAGUCCAAAAAGGGCUUUACAUGAGGGACUUUACCCCCCCCCCCCCCCCCCCCCCCCCAUUUGUUUGGAACUUGUUAUUGUUUUACUUAUUUUGCUUAUUAAUUGUUCACGAAUAUUGAAGUCCUUUUGGGAAACAACAAUAAAUACACACAAGAAUGUAUACAAUUUAGUUAUCCUUUUUUCGUA